UUUGAUGGGUAGCACGGUGUGAUCGUUGAAGGACGAGAGAACAUACAACCUUAAAUUGAUUGCAUUUUGUCAUUGUUCAGAUCAAAAUUUGAGGAAGGAAGGAAGGAAGAUAGAGAGAGAUGAUAGAUGGUGACGAAUGGAGUGCAGAGGAAUUGCAGGGACAGAGAGAGAGAGAGAGAGAGAGAGAGAGAUUGGGGGAGAUUGCUUGAGUUGAAAGGCUCUCCCGAAAACUGUGGUGUGUGCUCAAUGCAGCAGUCAGUUGUCAUCAUAACUCUUCCCCCACUGCCCCGUCAUCUUCAUCCUCUCUCUAUCCAGCUCUCAUCUCACCUCCCUCUCUCUCUCUCUCUCUCUCUCCCCCCCUCUCCAGUACUCUCUUCCCUUCUUCUUCUUCUUCCUUUAGCUAUACUCCUCUUCUCGUUUCUCUCUCUUCCUGAUUCUGUCAGCUGAAAACUUGGCCAUGUGGGUUCACGGAGAGGCCACUACUCUUACUGGGUUUUGAAGAUCACAUCUCAAAACUGAAGCUUUUCUUCACUUCACUCUGUUUAGGAAUGCUGAGAGAGCUCAUUUGAAUAACAUGGAGAAGAGAUCGCCUCUAAAGAGUCCUCAGCUCCCUGACAAGUACCCGUCGGGCUGUGGAUGGGGCUUGAUGAGGUUCCUCGACCUUUUCAGUGGCCAUUCCCAUCAGAAGCUUAUUUCGAAUGUGAAUCGCUCCAAUCGGCCUAGGAAAGGAAGUGAUUGUACCUGUGAUCCACCACAGCUUCUUCCAGCCUCGGACAAGAACUACCGGGACGACAAGAAAAUUCCAGGUGUUGAUCCUAGAAUUGCAUCUGUUUUUAACUCAAAGAGGGGAAAACAUGAAAAAUAUUCUGCAAACAGUGGAAGCUACCUGUUGGAGAAAAACGCUAAGACGGAUCAAAUUCAUGAGCAAUCUACACAUAAUGAGAAAGAUGAAGAGUUUAGAGGAAAAGAGAAACCCAAUUCACUGAGGACAGGGUAUCUGAAAUUUUCUCGUACAGGUUCAGCCGACAGAGUCUCCCACUGGACAUUGACUGACAUAUUCUGUGGUCGUGGUUGUAAAAAUAUUGGUUGUGUGAAUGAUGGAGUUACUGGUUUUAAGGUUCAAUCAGCUCACGCGUCUGGCACAGCUGAGGCAGUUGUGAAUCAGAAACUCAUUAAUCGGAAAAGCGAUCAGUCUAAACAGCUCUUGGAAGCUUUGGAGAUCUUGAAUUACAAUAAGGAACUCUUCUUGAAACUACUGGAAGACCCAAACUCUCUAUUGGUGAAACACAUUAAAGAUUUGCGCAAUUCUCAAGGAAAAAGGCCAAACGCUGAAUUCUUCCUGAGACAGCAUCAAGGUAAUGGCCAUAGUUACGGGACUCGGAAGGGGAAUAGGCUUGGGCCAUCACCACAGAGGAUCAAGCCUCCAGAAAAUUCCGAGCCAAAGAAAAGUCGCUACACCAAACCUUUGAACAGAAUAGUGAUCUUAAAGCCUCAAUCAGAAUGUAGUGUAAGAAACAGAGGGCAAACCGUCGGGCAAUCAUAUUUCCCUUUCAGACGUUUCAGGAGGAAGUUGAAAUGGGCCCAAAAGAAGAAAUGUUUGUUGUCGAACGUUGAAGCCGAAGCUGCUUCAGCCUGUAAAGGCUGUUAUGAGAACACAGCUAAUUUGUCAUUGAACGCAGACUGUGAAACCCGAAAAGAGCAUCUAUUUGAGCUCUCCAAUUGGAGUGAUGGGAUAAGGAAGUUGUCGCAGGAGAAGUUCCAUAGGAACUUGAGCAGAUCACUCUCACUGCCCAACAAUCAUACAUCUUUCUUCAGUCCAGAAAGGAGCAGAGAAUAUGGCUUUGCUGGACCUCAGAUGAGGUUUUGCCCUUAUAGCAGUUACCAAGUGAAGGACGACACCGAUAGCAAGCUGAGGCCUCUCAGAGAAACAGAGAGAACUAUUUUAAGUUUGGGGCUAAAUGUGGACCCUCCAACAUCAGAACGUGAUGGGAAAUCUGAUAAUCAAUCAGUUUGUCCAGACACGUCUAGCAACCUUGUCCUCAACACCGAAACUGUGACUACUCCGAAGCAUACGAGCUCUGACGGAUCAGCGGAAAUUGAGGCUUCACCAGGGGAACCUUCAUCGAGUCGUGGAAACAUCCAGGAAACCGUAAAUCUAGCCAUGUCCAGUGCUGAAGAUGAUCAUGUCGACCAGUUAGAGUAUGAUAGAACUGAUAGCAUGAGACUCUGUUUUGGUUCAGGAGUGAUUCUGGGUGAGCUCAAUGAUGAUCUCCGAUCAGUCAAUGACUAUGUAAAAGCAGUUCUGGCCACUGCUGAAUCGAGCUGGGAUGGGCUUCUGCUCAACUCCCACGAGCCAGACCAAAUUCUUCGACCAUCCUUAUUUGAAGAAGUUAAGGCUCCAGGAUAUGGGCCUACCGUCAAUCACAGGCUCCUCUUUGAUUACAUCAAUGAAGUCCUUGAGGAAGUCCGUCAUUCCUACCAAGGGAAGAUUAGGACUUUCAUGAUUGUGAAAACUGUGACUCAAGCAGUGAUGGAACGAGUGCAUGGGGAUGGAGACCAGCUUCUGCAGAAGGAAUCACCUACUCUGGAGCAGCUUGUUCGUAAAGACUUGGCAAAAUUACGAACAUGGAUUGAAGUUCCAAGUAAUACUGAAGAAAUAGUUACUGAACUAGCAGAAGACAUUUUAGACGAUGUUAUAAGUCAAAUAUAGCAGAGCUGCAAGAUGACUUGAAAUAUAAAUCAGAGAUAUCUUUUGGGUUAGAAAGGUCAUAAUGAGGUCAAACUUCCCAUACAUACAGUAGAUAUAUACCAACGGUUAGGUUUCUUUCCCCCAAUUUAUUUUCUUUCUUUAGGUGAAAAGAUCUCAUAUCAGCUUUUGGUUUCACGGGCAGCUUAUUGGCCCCGAAUGAAGAGCAUUUGUAGUCUUCUUUUCGUAAGAUCUGCUGAUCAGUGAGGUGGCAGUUGAUUAUACUAUUCAUUGUUCUGUUGCUCUCAGAUGAAUUGAAUUUCUAAAUAUGAUUUGAUUU